AUGGGCUAUUAUAGCUCGCCAAAAAUAUCGAACAUGGUGCCGCAAAAAAUAUCACCAACAACCCAAUCAUCAAGACCCAUCAUGUUCACGCAACGCGUUGCACAGCAAUAUCCUCCAGGAUCUCUUAUGACGUCCAAUAUGUUGGCACGAAAUACACUACCAUAUCCUCCUGGACUUGCCUUCUAUACCACAAAGUUCGGACAAGCUACGCCUCUCUACCCCCCUGGACUGCACAUUGAUCCCGAUGUCCUCAGACGACAAAUCACACCGCGAUAUACAUCGGAUUUGCCUCUUAUGUCCAACAUGGCCCAACAAAUUGAACCGCAAUAUCCUGCAGGAAUACCCUUUUACACUAACAAGUUUGGGCGAACACCCCACCUAUACCCUCCGGGACCGCACAUCGAUCCCAAAGUUGUCAGACAACAAAUAACAUCGCCAUUUGCACCGGAGUCGCCCCUUAAGUCCAGCACUGUCCAACAAUUCGGGCCUCAAUAUUCCCCAGAGCUGCCUCUUGAGUCGAACAUCGCCCAGCAAGUUGAACACAUCGCACCGAGACAUCCAAAUGGAUGGGCCAGAUUCUCCUAUCUUAGCAUGCCUCGGCCACGAUCGCCCAGGAUUUCUCAGCCUGAGGUCUUAUCAACCCCCUAUGAGGAAGAAACUCAACGCCAACCUGCCAGUAAUAUUCAACUCUCCGUUGACUAUGCACAGAUUCAACAAUCACCACAGCCAUCAUACAGCAACAACCCGAGCAGUAGACAUCAAUUCGGAGAAGAUCAUAAGCUGACUGAAGCCAACAUGUAUAUGCUCCAAAAGGGAGUUGAAAAGCGAUGUGGACUUCCUCCUUACUACGACCCAUGGGGUCUGCCAAACACCGAUAUCGCGUCCUUUCAAGAGAUGCCAUACAACUCUAGAUUGGAUUUAAGUACCGGUUAUGCGGAGGAAAACCCUGAAUGCGUCCGCAUAAUCACGCCCGAAGAAGCACUCAACUUCGGUAACUGGACCGGGACCGACCGCGAAUGGAGUUUCAACCACCGGAUCAAAUCUUGGAUGGUGAAUCAGGAAGCCGAAGGCAUUACAAGCAGUGAUGAAGAGGUUUGGGAGAAUGCAGAUGAACUCGUUUUCCCUGAGCAUAAGUAUGAACCACAGUUCCCCUUCGAAGACACCGAAGACGGAGAGCAGCCAUGGGAUAGUUGCUCUUGGACCAAGGAAUACGCUGAGAAUUAUAUGAAGAAUCAUGAGAAAUUCAAGGAAGAGUUGGAAAAGGAGAACAAGGCUUACUCUGAGGAUGAAGGGGAGUGGCUACCUGGCCCGCCACAUCCCGAGGAAGCUCGGACACUGAAAAAAGCGAUGGCAAAAGUGAUGGCAAAAGCUUCAAGGUUGUCUCGUUUUAGCUCGUGCAAGAAGAAUGGAAAAUAUGGAAUGGACAUCAAGCGGUGGAAAGUUAUUCAUUCCGAGUCCAAACAAGGUUCAGCUUUCAAAAAGACUUGGAACAUUCAAAAUGGGUGCCUCAAUUUUGCCCAUGACAAGGCUUCUUGA